AUGUGGAAUGCAACAACACGAAAAAUUUUAUCAAAGUCUAUAGGCUAUUUUGGUGUAUUUAUCUUUUUUUCACUCACUACUUAUAUUGUUUUUAUUUUUUAUUCAAUAAUUGCACCAGCUGUAUUUGAACACGGAAAAUAUGGAAAAUUUUUAUUUCAUUUUAUUUUUGGUAAUUGGCUGGCUAUGAAUAUUUAUUUUAAUUAUAUUAUGGCAUGGCUUACAUCACCUGGUUUUGCUAAAGAUUAUCAAGAUUUGGCAAUACAGUAUCUGAAUAUGAUCAAAUAUAUUUGGACAUAUAAACAAAAUUGGUGUAAUUUAUGCGUAUUAAAAUUUGAUCAUCAUUGUCCAUGGUUAAAUAAUUGUGUUGGUUUUUAUAAUCAUCGUUACUUUUUUCAAUUUUGUUGUUUUAUGUCAAUAGGAUGUUUUUAUGCUGGCUUUUUUGGUUAUCGUGAAUAUCAAAUCAGUCGAUUUGAUGAACAAAUAUUUCGGCAAAUAGAUUCAUUUUUUAUGGCUGGAGAUAUUUUUGAAACUAUGGGUAUAGAAGGUUUCAUAACAAAUUAUAUAUUUAUUAUGGCCUUAAUAGCUGGUUUUUUUCUAAUUGGUAUUUGCUGGUUGCAUGCACGAAUGAUUAGUCGAGAUGAAACAUCAGUCGAACAUUUACUGACUAAAUAUUCUGUUAAUGAAUGUGAUAAACAAGAUUUUUUUUUUUAUAAAAUAGUCAAUAGUAAUUCAAUCAAAAAUUGGAAACGAUUUUUAGGUGUUCAUACUUUAAGUGAAUUUAUUCGACGAAUUCUUUUACCAAGUACACAUAAACCAGAAGGGAAUGGCAUAAUAAUAGAUGAUUAUAAAGCCAAUACAAAGUUCCUUUUACGUCGAGAAGAUUUUGAUCGAACCAAACCACAUGUUUCAUAUGCAUCGGAAAUUUUUUAUGGUAUUUCCGACAGUUGCUUGGUUAGAUUAUAUCGAUCAAUGCUGCUAUUAUGGUACACACGACGUGAAUCAAGCUGUUCUACUUCAAGUUAUCGAUCACAAUCACUAUUGACACAACGAAGAGAUAUUUUGCAGGAUUGCUAA